AUGGCCAGAGGAAGCAGUGCCGCAUCCUCUCCUCCCACUGCAUCAACACCUGCUUUGAAACGCUCAACUUCUAGCACCCAAAAUAUGAAGAAUCAGCGAUCAAUCUUGGGAUUCUUCCAAAAAUCUUCACCUGCUACUCCUUCAACCGCGCAGAAGAAAGCACCACCACCGGCUGAGCCUGCUUCAUCACCAGCGCAACGUGCCUCCGAUACUAAAUCGUCUAUCAAAAAGAAACCUGCACAGAAUUUGACGCCAGCGCCGAGUAGUGAUGUUAUCGAGCCCGACGAUGAUGACUCAGCUACUCCGCAGGCAAAAAAGAAGAUAAACUAUAUGGAAUCUGAUAGUGAAGGAGUGGAUGAUGACGAGGAGAUUUUCCGACCACAGCCUUCCCGAAAGAGACGAAGACCAGCUAUUGAAAGCGAAGAUGAGUUUCAAGAUGACGGAAAAGACGCUCCUGUGUCUGAUGAUGAAAUGGAUGACUUCGUUGUUGCCGAUGACUCGGAAGAAGAUGCUCGACCGAACAAAAAGAAGAAGAAAGCAUCUGCGAAACUCGCACAGCGCAAUAAGGCGUCGACCGAGGAACCAGUCCGCUCAGCAGAUGAAGACCUUGACUCGGACAUCCCAGAGGCGUCGGCUGGAGGUACCGCACAAAAAUGGACAUAUGAUCCAGAAAGCACAGAACCUAGACAAGAGCGACAACAACGAGAACCUUGGUCGGGUGGAACCACGAAGCGCAAAGAAAAGGCACAUGAGACUGAGCCGGAGAAGAGGUAUCCAUGGUUGGCCAAUAUUAUGGAUAUGGACAGAAACCCCCCUGGCCAUCCUGACUACGACCCUCGUAACAUUUACAUUCCGCCUCUAGCGUGGACCAAAUUCUCACCCUUCGAGAAGCAGUACUGGGAGAUCAAACAGAAGUUCUGGGAUACUAUCGUUUUCUUCAAGAAGGGCAAGUUCUAUGAGCUCUAUGAAAAUGAUGCAACAAUCGGCCAUCAACUGUUCGACUUAAAACUUACCGAUCGAGUGAAUAUGCGCAUGGUCGGCGUACCCGAAAUGAGUCUAGACCAUUGGGCAAACCAAUUUGUUGCCAAAGGUUACAAGAUCGCACGGGUUGAUCAAUCAGAGUCCGCACUAGGUAAGGAGAUGCGUGAGCGCGACGACAAGAAAUCCGCCAAAGGUAGCAAGGAAGACAAAAUCAUCAAGCGAGAGCUAUCAUGUGUUCUUACAGCCGGAACACUGGUUGAAGGCUCUAUGCUUCAGGAUGAUAUGUCAACAUACUGCGUUGCCAUCAAAGAGAUAAUCCUGGAUGGACUACCGGCUUUUGGAAUUGCAUUCGUCGACACUGCCACUGGCCAAUUUUACCUGUCCGAGUUCAAGGACGAUGCCGACAUGACCAAGUUUGAAACAUUUAUCGCCCAGACGAGGCCACAGGAGUUGUUGUUGGAAAAGUCUGCUGUGAGCCAGAAAGCAAUGCGUAUUCUCAAGAAUAAUACUGGCCCGACGACUCUUUGGAACCAUCUCAAACCAGGCAAGGAAUUCUGGGAAGCCGAUAUCGCCAUACGAGAACUAGAUGCUUCAGACUAUUUUGUUUCUCAAGAAAGUGACAACAUCGAUGCUUGGCCGCAAGUCCUACGUGAGGCCCGUGAGAAGGAGAAUGCUAUGUCAGCAUUUGGUGCAUUGGUUCAGUAUCUUAGAGUUCUUAAACUAGACCGUGAUCUGAUUUCCAUCGGUAACUUUACCUGGUACGACCCGAUCCGCAAAGCUACGAGUUUGGUUCUGGAUGGACAGACUUUGAUCAAUCUGGAGAUCUUUGCGAAUUCGUUUGAUGGUGGUUCUGAGGGAACCCUGUUCCAACUUCUCAAUCGCUGCAUUACCCCUUUCGGUAAACGUAUGUUCAAGCAAUGGGUUUGUCAUCCGUUGAUGGAUAUUGACAAGAUUAAUGCUCGCUUUGAUGCCGUCGAUGCCUUGAAUGCUGAUUCGACUAUUCGCGACCAAUUCUCGUCGCAACUGACUAAAAUGCCGGAUUUGGAACGAUUGAUAUCUCGUAUCCAUGCCGGGGCAUGUAAGGCGCAAGACUUCCUCCGUGUGCUUGAAGGAUUCGAGCAGAUCGAAUAUACCAUGAGCUUACUCAAUGACCUUGGAUCUGGCGAAGGACUUAUUGGUAAACUUGUCUCCUCUAUGCCAGACUUGGUGUCACCACUUGAAUACUGGAAAACAGCAUUUGAUCGACUCAAAGCCAAGGAGAAUGGUAUACUUGUUCCUGAACAGGGGAUCGAGGAAGACUUUGACGCUUCCCAAGCGACUAUUGAACAGAUUCAUCGUGAUUUGGAGAAUCUCCUGAAGAAGUCUCGCCGCGAGCUUGGGUCGACUGCUAUCUGUUACAGAGAUAAUGGCAAAGAGAUCUACCAACUUGAGGUCCCAAUCAAGGUCAAGAACGUUCCCAAGUCAUGGGAUCAGAUGUCGGCAACGAAACAAGUAAAACGUUACUAUUUCCCUGAAUUGCGAGCACUGGUUCGCAAGCUCCAGGAGGCACAAGAGAGUCACAGUCAGAUCGUCAAAGAAGUCGCGGGUCGAUUCUAUGCACGUUUUGACGAGAACUAUGAAACCUGGCUGAAGUCGAUCAGGAUCGUUGCGCAGCUGGACUGUCUGAUAAGUUUGGCCAAGGCCUCAUCGUCCCUUGGAGAGCCAAGCUGCAGACCAGUCUUUGUCGACAACGAUCGAAGUGUCAUUGAAUUCGAAGAGCUCCGCCAUCCCUGCAUGUUACAGAAUGUGACAGAUUUUAUUCCUAAUGAUGUGCAGCUUGGUGGUAAGCGCGCCAGUAUCAAUUUGUUGACUGGUGCGAACGCCGCUGGUAAAUCCACAAUUCUUCGCAUGACUUGCGUUGCGGUCAUUAUGGCUCAGAUUGGCUGCUACAUCCCAUGCCAGAGCGCUCGUCUCACCCCUGUGGACAGAAUCAUGUCUCGGCUCGGAGCAAACGACAACAUCUUUGCCGCUCAAUCAACCUUCUUCGUUGAACUAUCUGAAACAAAGAAGAUCCUCUCAGAGGCAACACCUAAAUCACUAGUGAUUCUCGACGAGCUCGGUCGUGGCACCAGCUCUUACGACGGUGUAGCCGUCGCACAAGCCGUGUUGCAUCACAUUGCAACACACGUUGGAGCGCUCGGCUUCUUCGCAACACAUUAUCAUUCACUGGCCGCCGAAUUCGAAAACCACCCCGAAAUCUGCCCCAAACGAAUGCGUAUCCACGUCGAUGACGAAGAGCGUCGAGUCAUAUUCCUCUAUAAACUGGAAGAUGGCGUCGCCGAAGGUAGUUUUGGUAUGCACUGUGCUUCCAUGUGCGGUAUCCCCAACAAAGUGAUUGAGAAUGCAGAGCACGCUGCAAAACAAUGGGAGCAUACGAGCCGAUUGACUGAGUCUCUUGAGCGUCGUAAAGGUGGCGGACUUGUCGGUCUCGGAUGGUGGAGUGAUGUAGCCUGGAUACUCCGCGAGGGUGAUGAUGCCAAUGUGUCCGAUCGAGGACUGGAGAUCCUUCGUAAGGCUAUUGAGACAUUGUAACUGUUUCUAUUAUCUCAGCUUUUUCGUCGGAUAUCGGAACUUCUAUGGGAUUGAUGGGUUAGUUAUAUGGGUGAAUUUGUCACAGGUUAUUUCGGUGUUUUGUUCAGAUAUAUCUGCCUUGUCUCCUGACAGUCGUUACAUGUAUCUAUAAUAAGUAGAAUUAGACUUCAUUUCUAC